AUGGAAGGAAAACUGCAACAAUACCCUAAUCCAAACAAGUCGCCAAAUCUAGGACCGCUUCCUAUGUUCUUGAGCGGCGACAAGGCGUCUGCACAAGUGGUGGUGUUUGUAGCGGGGCUGACGAACACGCUACUGAGUGUGCCAUACGUCGCGCCACUGAGCGAAGCACUGGAGAGAGAAGGCUGGGGGCUGUGCCAGCUGUUAACCAGCUCUUCAGGCUACGGCUUUGCGCAUGGUUCACUAGACCGGGAUGUGCGAGAGAUAUCGAGUGCGCUGGGCGAGCUGCGCAAGCUUGGCAAGCAAAAGAUAGUGCUUAUGGGCCACAGCACAGGCUCACAGGAUGUGGUGCACUACCUUACCGCCGACGGACAGCGUGAGCGUGUAGACGGCUGUAUUGCUCAGGCUCCCGUCAGCGAUAGAGAGGGGAUUGACGAUGGUAUAAGGUCGCAUAUCCCCCUCGCUCUGCAGAUGAUGAAAGAGGGGAGGGCUGAUGAGGCUAUGCCGCGCGAUAGCUGCAGCUGGUUCGCUACACCUAUCACAGCUUAUCGCUUCCACUCCCUCUUUGCAGAAGGUGGCCAAGAUGAUUACUUCACUAGCACUCUCCCGGAUGAUGCGUUUGAGCGCGUGUUCAGUAGACUGAAAGCACCAUUGGCUCUCAUUUUCAGCGGCGCUGAUCAGUUUGUGCCCGCUAGCGUGGAUAAGGAAGCGCUCGCGAGGCGUAUGCAGAGUUGUGGCGGCGAGAAAAUCAGAGUAAGCACAGUCGUACCAGAUGCCAAGCAUGACUAUCAGGGGGGCAUGGAUGGCAGCAGGCCGACACUAAAACUAAUUGAGGUGGUUUUGGAGUUUUUAAAGGGCUGUUAA